CUGCCACCGAGGCGGUCGGCUGGGAAUGAGGCGGACGAACGGGCCCUCGAGUUGCAAACCGGGCCAGCGGAGUCAGGCGGGGUCGGGAUGACGUGAACGGCCUCUCUCCAGCUAUCUACCUCGCUGGUUCCGAGUCCGACUAAUUAGCUAGCUUCCGUCAUUCAUCAACACGCGUUUAUUGGGCAUCUCGAGAGCGCCAGGCCACGUGCCAGAGCCGGGAUGCUGUUGCAGACAGGGGCCGCGGCCCCGGACGAAUGUGGGGGAAGGGUCACAGGGGAUGCCGAGACGAACGCGUAUAUGGAAGAUCGGGGCCGUUUUCACAGACGUGGGCACUUGGACCCAGAAGAACACCCUCUCGGCCACUCCGGCUGCACCGUGGGGUCUUGGCCCUCGCACAGGCGCAGGCCGACUAACUAGGGGAACCCGUGGCGGGGUCAUGCCCUCUACGGGGGAGGGCUCUCAGCGGCAAGCAAAGAAGGAAGGGAAGACGUCACUUGAGAUGCUAGGCGCUCGGGGGUUGCCCACGCGUCGCCGGGACGCUCGGGGCGGGGCCACGUCGGGGGCGGGCCCGGUUCAGCCCAGCCCUCCUCAGCCGGAACGCGGGAACGCGGAGCGCCGGGAAGGUCGGACCUUUGCUUGGGGCACGGCUGGCCGGACAGCCAAGCGGCGUGCGCCCGGAAGCUGCCGGUCGGCUGCCAGAGGGGUCAUGGCUGUCGCGGCGCUGGGAGCUUCCGCCCGCGCUCUGCGCUCGCAGAGCUGGCUUCUGGGAACCUGGCAGACACAGAUUAGAGACACCCACCAGCGAGCUUCAUUAUUGUCCUUCUGGGACCUCAUUCCCAUGAGAGCAGAACCUCUGAGAAAGAAGAAAAGAGUAGAUCCUAAAAAAGACCAAGCAGCAAAGGACCGUUUGAAAAAGAGGAUCAGACGACUGGAGAAAGCUAGCCAGGAGCUAAUCCCCAUUGAGGAUUUUAUAACACCUGUGAAGCUCUUGGAUAAAGCAAGACAGCGGCCUCACAUGGACCUACCCUUUGAGGAGAGCGAGCGGAGAGCUCUACUUCUGAAAAAAUGGUCCUUGUACAAGCAUCAAGAGCAUGAGAUGGAAAGAGAUGCCAUUAGGUCCCUGCUUGAGGCUCAACAGGAAGCUCUGCGGGAGCUGCAACUCCUGUCCCCAGAGUUACAUGCGGAGGCCACCAAGCGGGACCCCAGUUUGUUCCCCUUUGAAAAAGAAGGGCCAGAUUACACACCACCAGUUUCUAACUACCAGCCCCCUGAAGGCAGGUACCAUGACAUCACCAAGGUAUAUACACAGGUGGAGUUUAAGAGGUAGAGCUGCAGGCAGCUGUCCACAGAACACACUCUGCCUUUAGAGCCAGAACAGGGCUCAAGCAUGUUGUGAAUAAAUGUGUUUAAUCAGUGU